UCUCGGACGCACAUCGUAAGCUGGCAGAAAUAGAAAAACGGACCGCAAAAUAUAAGGCAAGGCUUAUCGAGGAGAUGAUGGCGGGGAACGAAAGGGACCUUUUGGGAGAAGGGUCACGAGAAGACCGCAGGGUCAGUCGGGGCAAAGUCAGGCUCGGAGGGAAAGUCAAUAGUCAUAGGGGCACGACCAGUAAGAAGGAUAAGGAAAAGGGGGACUCCCCGAUCAUAGAAGUCGAAAAAGCUACAACCCCACCUGCUAUGGAUAGUGGUGCUAACCGUUCGCCCACCACGCCGAAAGUAACUAAGGGGUGCGACGGACUUUGGAGUCUUAGAGAAAGGGUGUUAGGAUGGUUUGAUCCAGAGGGUACGCCAAAGGCCGGGGAAAAGCAGAGGGAUAGCAAGGAAGGAGAAGGGACCAAUGCGGCCGGUGAAGCGGGGAGCUCUGAAGGGGGUCUCAAGAGGAUAGUAGCCACCCUCACCCGGGCUCUGAAUAAGAAUCAGGGGUAUCUUGCGGAUGGUAAGAAGAAACUUAACUUCUACGGGGCAAACAUUACGGAAUUCCUGAUAGACUACGAGAACCUGGCAGCCUUGCUGAAAUGGACUGAGGAAGAAAAGAUUGAUCACUUAGGGCAGCACGUGUCGUUGAGCUUAGGAAGGGACAUUAUGACUAUUGUCGCCUCUAGUGGAUCCUCGAAAGAGACCCGGAACGAGAUGAUGAGGAAGUAUCUGAAGGCAGAGAAAAUGGCAACGGAAGCCGAAUUGGCAACACGUGUCGUCAUCCUCCUGAAUAAUCUGGACAUAGCUGCCGUAGAAGCGGAGCCGGUAGCUGACAUUGUCUGGGACCAACCGAGGGGACACGGACCACAAGCCAAUUUCAUCCUAGAAGGCAAUGGGCAGGAUAGGGUGAAUAUCACCACCCGACGGGCAGGCGUGGAGAAGAAGCUUAUUCAAGAUACAGUAAUGGAAGAGGUCGCGACGACCAGCACAGAUCAAGGCGAAACUGAGACCAAGGAACAGGAGAAGGUUUAUGGAAAGACAAGGGAAGAGGAGUCGGCAGACAAGGUUACGGCGGCAAAAAAUAAAUUCAGGUAUCAGAUCCCGAUUCUAACCCUGCCAGAAAUAGAUGACACCGUAAGUAAACUCCUGGGCACCAUGGUAUCCGUAUCAUUUCAAACCAUGUUGCAAGCAAGCCCGACACUGCUUAAGGGUCUCAGGCAACUGCUGACGCGCAGGCGCGUAGAAAUAGAGGAGGCCCCGGAAUCACAGGAGCAGGAAACGGAAGAGGCUGAGGCACCGCAAGGGGUCUCCAACCUCCAUAGGGAUCCAGGGGAUCUAGAGGACCUGGAAAAAGCCUUUGUAGAUAUCCGUCUAAGCCUACCGGACCGAGAGGGUGGUGAAGUCAUAAGGGCGCCGCCCGGGACGAAGCUUAGCUUCCAUGCGUUGCCCGUAGGAAAGCUGAAAGUGCAGAUCGGGACUCACCACACAGAUGCAUUAGUGGACGGUGGUGCGGAAAUCACCCUCAUACGAAGGGAUUUCGCAACCAUUACGGGCUGCAUUGUAAACAAGGAAGUCACGGGGAGUAUCCGGGGAGCCGGCGGGGAAAUUCCCUUUGCAGUAUACGUCACGAAAUGCGCAGUCAAGGCGGGGAUCAGGGAAUCGAUAUGGUCCUUCACCGUGAUGGAAGAAAUGGACCAUGACAUAAUUCUCAGGAGACCAUGGUGCGCCAACGUAGAGAUGAUAGGUAUGCUUCUGCAUGAUGGCACGUACAUGGUGGAUAUAGAGGACCUCGUGACCGGCCACGGAGAGCUCCUCCGACUCCUUGGGACCGGAGGGGAUCCCCCCAAGGGCAAAUUGGCAACCUGGUCGCCAACGUUCGAGGAUAGUGCGCGAAAAGGGACAUUCGCACGGAUGGAAGGUAUGAGGGAAAGAGUAGAGACCAAGAUUGAGGAGGCUUUUAGUAAGAAGGAGUGGAUCAAGAUGGGUCUGCCUCUGAAGAAAAGAAGGCAAGAGGAUGAGGUGCUAGGGGUUAUGGCGGCAGAGAAGGAGGCGGAAGUCGAGCUUGGGGCCAGCCUGCCCAAAUCAAAGGAAGACCGGAAGGAAAUGUCGGAGGUAAUACUUGAAAUUCCAGACUUGUUACAACUCGUUAAGGCUAUCAAGUACCACAAAGUAGGAGUGGACCCGGCAGCGCUUGCCAAAUUCGAAGAGGAGGUCCAAAAGGGCUUACUGUCUGAAUGGCAAGUUAGUCAGUAUCCAGCCCCGUAUCAUGGAGGUAGCAAGGUCAAUCUCGACCGUUCAUUUUUUAGGAGAACGAUCCCAGAAGGGAGUGUGCGAAAGUACAAACCCGUAGGGAAGAAAGCCAAGCCGGUCUCAAUCCUAGUAGAAACAUCAAGGGAAGAGGUCAUGGAAAAGGAGGAAGAAAUCCUGCGGAUAAUAAGGGAGAGGCGAGCAGCGGAAGGGCACCGGAUACUUGAUGAGAUAGCGGAUACCAUGAAGAUAGGGGUAGAAGGGUUCCUAACGGCGGAAGAGGCUCAGUUGAUAAGGAGGGCGUGCCAAGAAUUUCACCUAGCCUUCGCAUUCAAUGACCACCAGAAAGGUCGAUUGGAUGCGAAGCUAAUUUCCCCCGUUAGGAUUCACACGGUGGAACACGAAUGCUGGAAKGACAAGGGGCCCRCCUACGAGUUCGGAAUARCUGCGGAAGUCACURAAUUGCUCAGAGYCAAGAUAGAUUYGUYCGUGGCCRAACCCACCGCAUCCCCCUACGCGAACAAGUGGUUCGUUUUUCGRAAGCCCAACAAAUCGCUCAGAUGGAUCCAGGACUUGCAGAAGCUGAAUGCGGUUACGAUCCGGGAUGCGGGAUCACUUCCGYAGGYYGACCUACUGGCAGAAUCUCACGCCGGACGAAGCAUUUACUCCCUGAUAGAUCUAUAUUCAGGAUAUGACCAACUACCGCUCGACGCGAGGGAUAGACCGUACACCGCCAUGCACACCCSUGUAGGUCAGYUGCAAAUGCAAGUGACWSCWAUGGGCUUCACAAAUGYUGUGGCGGAGGCACAGAGGAGGAUGCUUGCGGUYGCAGGGGACAUGUUCCCRRAAAAAUGYGAGCCCUACAURGACSAUAAUCCCUUAAAAGGCGYGCARAACAAGGAUKAGACAGAGGUCCAGCCGGGCAUACGAAAAUUCGUUUGGGAUCACCUACAGGAUAUCAAGGACCUACUUCAGCGGUUCCUCGUAUAUAAUAUUACCGCAAGCAGACCUAAAAGCAUACUGGCGGUCCCAGAAGUGACCAUACUGGGGUUUCGCUGURGGGCCUAYGGMAGGAAACCYGACCCGGCAAAAACRGAUAAGAUCUCUCARUGGCCAACACCRCUGCGCACCACGACGGAAGUACGAGCCUUCCUAGGGGUGGUUGGAUUCUGGAUAAUUUUUAUCAAAGCCUUUGCCAAGAUAGUUGAACCUAUCCUCGCAAUGAUUAGGGAAGGAGGGACCAUGGAGUGGACUGAGGAUAGGGAGGCGGCAGUCCAGACCCUCAAAGACAUCUUGUCUUCCGACCAAGUCACCCUGGUAGCGCCCUGCUUCACUGAUGAAGUAGGACGACCCUUUAUCUUGGAAACAAACGGAGGACCUUUGGCAGUAGGUGGAGUCCUGAUACAGAGGAGCGAGGAAGGUAAGGAGAGGCCUAACAGAUUUGAGAGCAGGACCCUGAAUUCGGCAGAGCGGCGGUACUCACAAUUCAAGAAAGAGGUCUUAGCCAUUCUACAUUGCCUUAAGACUUUUCAGGCAUACCUGUUCGGGAGACGGUUUAUCCUGAGAAUCGAUCCGACUAAUGUCGUCGGGGCAUUAAAGAACUACAAGCCUAUAGACCCGACCGUUGGGAGAUGGAUAGCCUUCAUAUGGCAAUUCGACUACAAGGUCGAGCGAAUUGCGGGGCUCCGAAAUAGGGCAGACGGGCUAAGUCGAGUUUGUAUUACGCCGGAGGGAGUGAAGGAUGUGGAACCGAUCGACGCCUUCCUAGAAUAUGAAGGGGGGACCCUGGUCGUGGAUAACGAGAUGGCAGGCACCGCUCCUACAAUGGACCAACUGCUAAUUCAGACCCUAAAAAAGGGCGCGCCCGCCAUAGUUGCGAAACUCAGGGAAGGACCAGUCAUCACGUUUAGACGCAAGGAUGAGAAGGAUUCGUGGGGAACAACGAUGGGGCCAAAGGAAGAGCUGAUGGCAAUGGUCGUUGAACGGGGUCGGGAUGCUGUGAUGAAUCUAGUAGAAACUUUGACGCGAAGAGAGCGGCAGUAUCUAGUGAAUAAGGCUCAGGAGGAGCAAGACACCGAUCAGAAGGGACGAGAAUUCUUCCUUAUACAGAUGUAUGAUGGCAUCUUUAGAGAAGUCGGUCUGCUGCUUAUAGGAAACAAGCAGCCUAUGGAAGUCAGCCUCAAGGCAAGGGAGGAAGCCGAGAAGUAUGUUUUGAGGAACGGUCACCUGUUCAAGAAAGAAGAAGUUAUGAUGCCUAGGCAUGUCGUGUGCGGGAGGUACAUCUUGGAUGCAAGAGAUAACCUCAGCGGCUACGUAGAGGCGGUAGCUCUUAAGAGAAAGACGGGAAAGGGAGUGGCCGAUUGGAUAGAAGACUUCUACCUUAGGCACCCCUUUGUGCGCCGGUUCAUAGCGGACAAUGGGACGGAGUUCGUCAACCAGGAGGUGUUGGGCAGGCUUAAGGCGUUGAGCGUACCUAUCAAGAUCAUCGAACCAUAUCACUCUGAGGCUAAUGCACCAGUAGAAAGGGGACACCGCACCUUGAAAAACACAAUCGCUAAGUUGGCGGCCGAUGACCUGGGGAACUGGCCUCGGUACCUUAAGCAGGCGGUCUUCUCAGAGAACAUGACGCCGAAAAGGACGACGGGAUGCAUUCCGACAGAACUCUGGUAUGGGAGGGAGAUUGAUUUCCCAGUGGAAGCCCUACUUCCUACCUGGAACAGGCUAGAUGACGAUCCGACAUGUCUACGGAGGAACAAAUUGCCGCACAUUGCCAACAGGUCGUUAGAAAUAAGGAAGCCUUGGAGGAGGUGAUUAAACGUGUAAUGGAUAGUCGAAUGAGGGACAAAGCAAGGUGGGACCAGGUAAAAAACAUCCGGAAGGAGCCACUCCAGGUGGGAAAGAAGGUACUAGUUAGGAACUCGGCUCUUGAAAGCACGUGGUCUGGACAACUGGGAAGAAGGUUCAAAGUUCCCUACAAGAUUGCUAAGAAGGUGGGAUUGAACACGUUUGAACUUGAGGAUCUCGAUGGUACUGGGAUAAGAGGGUCAUUUCCGGGGCAGAGGCUGGUCAGGUUUUUUAGCAGAGAUCCGGUGGAGCAAUGGUUAC